GCAGGAUAGAGCCUGAGACGCACCUGGAGGUUUCAGAGAUCUUGAGGCUGAUCAUAGGCUUUUUGCCCAAGCUAAAAAGAGCCAACCGCAUAUCACACAUCCACGGCUUCACAAGCACAGCCAACAUAUUCUCUUUCAGUGCAAGGCUUUAGAAGUUGAAACAAAUCUACAUACAGGAAAGGGUCCAGGCGGGAGUGGAGCGGGAGGACGGAGCGCUCCAUGUUUACUGCUACCACUUACCACUUGAGGAUCGGACCGUAGAGGGCCGGACACGAUCCGUAGGGAGACUAAGACGAGAGAUUGUAAGAGCAGUCUGAUUGAUACCAUACCCUCCAUGAUGAACGAGCCCGCACCAAGUUUCUUCCCUAUAUGUAACAACACCGAACGUGGGCGGAAAACACUGCUAGAAACCUUUGGACUCUCGUCUAGGUAUACGAAUGUCACCAGGCCGACAAGAGUCAAGUCAAGUCUCCCCGAACCACUCCGCUCAGUGAUUCUCACGACAACCAGACGCUUCGAGAUAUUCUGCGACAAUGAUGGUGGGCUUCGAGCUGGGGCGCGUGGCCAGGGAGAGGGAAGAAGGAUGGGAAAGUGUCCAGCGCAUGACCGAGCACAGAAGAAGAAGUUCGAGGGAGGGGAGUCGAUUGCAUGUAGCAAUUCCCGAUGAGUCCUGAAAGUCCCAGACAGUAGGUUGGGCUUGGUGUCUUAAAUCCCAAGUCACGUUCAGCCUGGCGCCCACACACACAGUCGCAUCCACACCCUCCCCUGUCUUUUCUAUCUUGCAUCAACUCUCAGAUGGAGACCGGACAUAGCAGAAAAUAGCGGCCACCAUUACCGCCAACUUUCUGGAUCUACUGGUAUAGCCAAGUCCAAUUCCAGCUUCCAUACAACUACAUGGGGACCAGUGACCACGGCCUCCACGUUUGGUCCGAAAUACAUCAUGUCAGGUGGGCGAGAGACGAUAAGAGUUGUACAUCUGACUUGACGGCUAUGGCUAGUAUUUUUAGCCUAUUCCUGGGAGUAUAAAUUAGGGGACCAUGGUGCCUUAGCCUCAGGUCAAGGAUUGUUGAUCUCAUCUUGCAGCUGUGUUAGAAAGGACCUUACUCCUUGAACUGGCCUUUCCAGUUAUCAACAAAAUCUGGGACUUGAUCGUACGGAGACGGACUUUGAAGGAGUAAGCACAGCCAGCCAUAGGGGACGAAGAGAAGGACGAGCGAGAGUCGAUGUCAAGAGCAAGGCUAAGAACAGAACAAGAAGAGAAAUCCACUUGAUCAUUCGAAACGCAGCUAUCCGUUGAGUCAGUCUAUUUGAUCGGCGUCCAUACCUACCACGUUCGUGAGAGUUACCACUACGAGAGACGGGAGACCCUUACAUUGGUGCUUGGGCUUGUUCGUAUCGGAUCUUUAUCGACUACUA